CGAAUCGGACUGAUGGCACACUCGAUCCAAAACCACAAGAUACAAUGAAGUACUUCGCGAUUUUGCUGUUGGCAACCGCCGUGUUAGCGGCCGAGAAGAAGGUCGAAAAAGAGGUUGACCCAAAAAAACAUGACAAACGAAGUUUGUUUCAUGGUGAUCUUGGCUAUGGUCUUGGUGGUAUCUCGACCUAUGGUCUGGGAAGCGGUUUAAGCGGUAUCUCGAGCUACGCUCUGGGAGGAUAUCCGUCCUAUGGUCUGGGAAGCUACGGCUACGGUCUGGGAAGCUACGGUCUGGGAGGCUACGGUCUGGGAAGCUACGGCUACGGUCUGGGAGCAUACCCGGCUGGACUCAGCACAAAGAUAAUCGGAUCGGGACUGUCAGGAUACGCCGUAGGAAAUAGCCUGGCUUCCGCCUACGCUUCUGGAUUGGGAUACGGAAGUGGUUUUGGAGGUUACUACGCUGGCGGCCCUGCGAUCGCUGCUGGUCACGCCACCGGACUCGGCCUGUUGCACAGCGUAGCGCAUCCUAAAACCGAACGCAUCACCGGUCUCACCGUACACCGCGAGGUCCAAGUGCCAGUCCCGGUGCCGCAGCCAGUCCCUGUUGAAGUGACCAAGCACGUGCCCGUCCCACAUCCCGUACCCGUCAAGGUAGAUCGUCCCUAUCCAGUUCCAGUGGCGCAACCAGUACCUGUUCCAGUCACUCGUCACGUGCCCGUAAGGGUCGAUCGUCCUUACCCGGUCGCAGUACCACAACCCGUCGAAGUACGCGUGCCACAACCGGUCCCAGUUCCGGUAUCGCAUCCAGUACCCUACCCAGUCUCCGUCACAAAACACGUCCCUGUCUCCGUGCCAUCCGUUAACGUCGUGCCAUCAACCCUCGGCGUUGUGCCGUCUACCCUCGGCGUUGUACCGUCGUCCGUCGGUGUUAUACCGUCGUCCGUCGGUGUUGUACCGUCAACCGCCGUUGGCGUCGUACCGUCGUCUGUUGGCUUUGCGUCUGGAAUUGCAACCGGAAUUGCGUCUGGACACGAAUACGUCGGUCUAGGAUCCAGCAGUCUGGGAGCCGUCUCGGGUCCAGCUCUGAGCACCGGUUUCAGCAGCGGCUUGGUGGAUGGUGGUCACCUCGUCACAAGCGGUGUGGAACACCUUGGCGGUGUGGAACACCUUGGCGGUGUGGAACACGUUGGAAUUAGCAGCGGUGUAGUGCCGACUUUGGGAACCAGCGGCUCAUACGUGACAUCUCACGAAAUCAAUGGCGGAUUUGUACAUGCGGCGCCAUUGAGGAAAUGGUAAACUUAAGCCGACAGCUCAAUUGGACGUGUGUCUUUUGAAGCACUUCUCCAGCGUAAUUUACCGAUCAAACGUGCAAAAUACUAAUUGCGUUAUGUACGUUGUCGAAUAAAUUUAUAUUUUUCUACCGUAUCUCACAGAGUCGUUAUUUAACUAUGUUAAUUGUCAUUAUGCGACUAUGCUACGGCUCUUUUACUUUAAGGUAAAAUAUUUCAGAUUCCUGAUACUGUCUAAGAUUUUGUAUCUUUUUUGUUAAAUAAUUACCAGAAAUCAAAACUUGAAAUCAAGAAAAGAAAUUAUUCUCUUUAUCUUACAAUUCCUUUCGUUUUAGUAUCUUCAAUAUAAUUGUUUUACAACAUUCUCUAAAAUAAAUUUCGGUACUUUUCUAGUCUAAUAAGUUAGAUUUGUACCUUGUAAAUCUCUUAUCAAAAAAUAAAAUUAAAAAAUAAAA